CGCGAAGGGAGCUUCAAACUUAUUAAACUUGGACCUUUAUACAUCACGCCCCGCAGUUACAACGACACCGCAACCUUGCCAACAGCCCUCUAUACCCAUUAUAUCUUGGCUUCAGUAGUUUCAGCUUCUUCUCUGAUCACUCGCGACUGUUUACAGAGCUUCAAAGACGACUUGGCGACCCUGCGCGAGGCUAUAGACCCUUUGCGACACUUUCGAAUGCGAUUGACCAUUGGAUCCUUUGUUCAAAGAUUGCUCCAUGAAUUGAUGCUUUAGACUUUUGUUAGGUGGAUAUACUAUAAAGUGCCCAUAAUGAACACCCUAGACGAUGAUCGAUUGUCCGCCAGCUCGGCUGACUCAGACAAUGACAACGACAACGACAACGACAACGAUAAUGACAACGAUAACGACCGCAACGACGUCGACGAGACAAUGGAGGACGCUGACGACAACGGCGAUCAAGAUCAAGACGCAGAAGGCGACGACGAUGAGAAUAACGACGACGAAGACGAUGAUGAGAACGCCGAUGCAGACGCCGAUGCAGACGCUGAAGGCGAAGAGUCUCAACCGCCUGCGACAGACUCGAACGAUCAACCGAGUACCCAGAUAAAAUCUGAACCCGAUGAUUCGCAAUCGCAAAUGAGGAAAUCUGCUACACCCGCUCCGAGUCUCGACAAACGGUGGCCGCAGCCGUCACCCGAGUUUAUCAGCGCUGCAUCUUAUGAUAUCGUGCCGACCAUGGCUGCGCCGCAAUCGACGAGUGUUAACGCGAUGGCUAUUACACCGGAUUUGAGAUACUGGAUCACGGGAGGUUCGGAUGGGUAUAUUCGCAAAUAUGAUGGUCCUAAUACGAUCAAUGGCAAGUUGGCUUUGACGGUUGCGCAGAGACAUCCGUUUGUGGACAGCGUUACCAAGGCUGGUAUACUCAUGUCGUACUGGGAGAAUGAGGAGCCGCCGCCUCCGGGACGGGGAGACCAGGAACACAUCCUCUCACCUGUCUACUCUCUUGCUGUUCAGUCGCAGGCUCUUUGGUUGCUCUCAGGUCUCGAGUCGGGGGGUAUUAAUCUCCAGAGUGUCCGACACGACGAGGGCAAGCGAAUUCACUGUCUGCAGCAGCACACAAACGCUGUAUCCGUCUUAACAAUGGCACAGGACGAAAAGAGCGUUCUCAGCGGUGGAUGGGACAAGAACAUCUUUGAUUGGGAUCUCAACACAGGCCAAACGAUUCGAAGCUUCGAUGGCAACGCAGGUCAAAUUUCAGCUCUUGAACUCCGUCCUGCAAGCGGCGCUCCCAUCCCAGAAGACGACGAUGAGCCACCACCUCCUACAACAAUUGCUACAAAUAACGCGGCGCCUAUAGCGAAUGGGAACUUCACCGAUGCACUCACCAACGAUGGAGUAGACGAUAUGACCGCUGACUUCAACGCCAACCCCAGCAAUGGCGAUGGUGAUGGUGCAGCUUCUCCUGCGCACGACAGUCUCUUUGGAGGAAGUGACGCGGGGAGUUUAUUCGGCGAGACAAAGGAAGAUCAACCCUUUGGCAACGACGAUGAUGAAUUCGCCGCUGUGAUGCCGGGCCACAGUCAUGAUAGCGCUAUGGACCAUUCAGCAGACAUGGCCGCUCUCGACGCAGGAAAAGAUCCAGAACCAGAACCUGAGCCUGAGCCUGAACCUGCACCGGUCGUUGAACCGCCUCCGCCUGAACCAUCGCAGGAUACAAGCGACGCCAUGGAUGUAGAUCUCGUACCAGCUCCAACACAAGCUACAGAACCAUCUCAAGACCCAGCUCCCAAGUCCGAACCAACAUCCCCCUCGCUAAUGCUAACAUCGCAUACCCCUACAAACCACGAUCCAACACAAACAUCAAACACGACGUUCCUAUCAGCCGCGAUGGACGGUUCGUUGAGGAUCUGGGAUAGACGCCAGCCAGAUCCUGUAGCGCGUAUCGGUACGCGAAAUGGUGUUCCGCCGUGGUGCAUGGGCGCGUGCUGGAGUCCCUCCGGCAACAACAUCUACGCGGGCCGUCGAAACGGGACGGUGGAGGAGUACAAUAUUCACAAGGCGAAGAGGAACUGGGAACCUCACAGGACGCUCAAGUUUCCCGCUGGCAGUGGAGCAGUCAGUGCCGUGAGACCCAUGAUAAACGGCCGUCAUCUCGUCUGUGCCUCCCACGAUAUCAUGCGUCUCUACGAUCUCCGUGAAUCACCCUUCAAGCACUCCAGCGUUCCCUUCCUCAUCAUCCCUGGUCCUCCCCGUGCAGGUGUCAUCUCCAGUCUCUACAUCGACCCGACAAGCCGCUACAUGCUCAGCGCUGCAGGCACAAGAGGCUGGGAGGGUACUAGCACAGAAGUCCUCAUCGGUUAUGAGAUUAAUGCUACCAAUGGAUAGCCGUCGGCUCGGGUUAAAAAGGGAGAGCCUUGGGUACCUCUCAACUGGAACUGACUCUCCAACUUUGGGACUUGGUCGUCUUGCUUUAUAUAUGCUGGAGUUGGUCAUGGCGAGCUUAAUUUAUAGUAGGAUUUUCCUGCCCUGUAGUACUUAGACAAAAUUCCAUUCUUAUUCCUCAA